AUAUUCUACAGCCAUCCGAAAUUAGUCGUCGAACGUCGUCACCAACUUUCAUUGUGUUAUAAAUUACUACAAAAUUUCCGAGAGUUAAAAAAGAAAAAAGCAUUUUUCACCAUCGUAGGCAAGUGUAGAAUUAUAAAAACUUUCAUUUAACUGUGCAUUGAAGUGGCCUUUGAGUUAUAUGUUGAACGAAAGAUUUUUAUCCCGUGGCAAAAAAUAUAUCAUACAACAAUAAUAUUAAGAACAGAAAAAACUAUUGUUCAUAAAAAAUGGCUUGUGCAACACUCAAACGGACUCUAGAUUGGGAAGCGCUAAAUCAACGGCCUACAAAACGUAGACGUUGCAAUCCGCUUGGCCAAUCAACAGGAAAUGGAUCAUCACCAUUGCGCUCAUCUUCAGUAGCCACCACUUCAUAUGAUAACGUGCAAGGUCCCAGCGGAAGCCGCGUUUCAAAGGAACCUCAAAUGAAUCCAUUCACAGAGUCCAAUCUAUCAAAAAUAUCACCAGAUAAAAUAGCCCAGGAUAUUAGGGAUGAAAUCAAGCGACUGCACCGUUGUAAACGUCUCCAGUUUUCAUCGACCACCAUUGAUGGUAUGCAACAAGAUUCAGAAUCUAGCGGUUCUGAAAUGGGCGCCGAUAGUCCUCGUCGCCCAGACACUCCACCAAGCUUGGUGCGUAAUCCAGAGAAAGCCCUUUUUACAUUCAAACAGGUGCAAUUGAUAUGCGAACGUAUGCUGAAGGAGCGGGAAGAUGAAAUUCGUGAAAAAUACAACGCAGUGUUGACUACGAAGCUCGCUGAGCAGUAUGAUGCGUUUGUGAAAUUCACUUAUGAUCAAAUACAGAGGCGCUAUGAAGCCACACCAAGCUAUCUUUCAUAAUCGGACCUCAGGCGUACUUCAUUACUAGUCGCUAAGAUUUCAUCGUAUAUAUACAUGUAUAUAUAUGCAUACAUGAAUUUUUUUGUUGAAAAAAUACAAAUACAACACUAAAAUUCUCAUCCUAACUGUAAAACAAUUGAACAAGAGAACUGAAGAGAAGCAUUGAAAUAUUCGAUUCAUUUAAGUAAAACGCCUGAAUUAUAAAAAAUGGAUUAAUUAACAAUUGCUGGCGUAUUUAAGUUUUUACUUAAGUGCAUUAAAACCAAAUUAACAUCUUAAGGAACCUUUUCAGUAAGGUACUUUUACUAAAUAUACUACUAUGUUUAGAACAGAUUAUUUGCACAUCCACAUAAACGGUUUGAAAGCGAAUGUUUGGGAAAGAAAAUUUAAUAUCGUAAGAUUUAGAGACUGGGUUGUGAGCUCUAAUAACACUUUGUGGUAGCUAAUGCAAUCUAUUUACAGCUGUAUAGUGUAGUAGUGGAUUUUUUAAGUUCGAAAUUAUCGUUGAAAAAUCGAUUCUGACUACAAAGAUAUACGAGGAAAUAAAAUAAAUGCUUAUGAAUUGGACUGAAGGAAUAAAACCAUCCAGUCAUUCGCUCGCUUCCUUAUCAUUAGUACGCCGAACGUAUGUUAAAGAAAUUUAAAGGGUUUAGUAGUAUAUGGAAUAUUAAAGCAAAUCACUUGUAAAAAUAGAACUCAAAGAUUUGAGAAUCAGCCAAACUCGCAUCAGAGAAAGCUACCAAAAUUUGAAGUUAAAAGAUACAACAAAGGACCAAUACAACCAACAAAUAAACAACAAUUAAAAACCUCAGCAUCAGUAAAAACAUAUAAUUAUAUACACAAAAAAAACUAUAUAUUAUAUAAACUUAGUAUAGUACAGAUAUUAGGUUAAACAAAUUGAAUUGAUAAGAAUAUUAUUAUUUUAAUAAUAAUGCAGAUAAAAAGAAACAUAAAGCUUUGAACUACACUCGUGAAGGCAUUUAUUUUGAAAAGUAGUCGUUGGUGGCAAAUUACUUUCUUUUGGGUUGCUAAAUAUCUAAUACUAUCUAUUCAACUGUUAUUUAAAAUAGUUUAUGAGAAUGCUUAAACAUUGUAAUUUUAAGUUUUCAGCGACUUUUUGAGGAGCCUACGCUAUUACACUCGAAAAGCAUUUUGAUCCUUUAUGACCAAUAUUGCAAACUCGUGAGCACAUGGGUGCUCGGUUACAGUGGACGCCGGCCAAGAAGCUGUGUUGUUAUCUACAGAAUUUUUAGUAUUCAAAAUAGUAGAAAAUGAUAUAUUUCAUAAAAAUGUAACUUGUUAAUAUACAUAUAAUGAUGGUCAUAGAUCAAAAUCCCUGUUCAUCUCAGUUUCAUUCUUUAGUUGCUUUGCCACAAAUAACAUGGAAAAAAUAAAUAUUCAAGACCAAGUAUUUGGUUACUAAGAUAAA